CCACCACACUUUGUGUGUGUAUGUGUGUGCGCGCGCACAGUCAGUGAUCGCGAGGCAAGGGUUUUUGUCCGACGGAAGGCAGCGUUGUGUUCUUCAGAGGGCUCGCGCACGCCGUAGGAGCAGCAGUAGCAGCAAGACGGUGAUUUAAAACAAUUUGAGUGCAGCCACUCGAUUGCUACCGCCUGUCCCUGCUUCCACACACUGACCUUUCAACAGGCUCAUUCUAUCAUUAUAUCUGCGCUGUUUAUAUAAAUCGCAGCAUGGAGGACCAGCUACUGUGCUGCGAGGUGGACUCCAUCAGGAGAGCCUACCAGGACGUCAACCUGCUCAACGACCGGGUUCUCCACACCAUGCUGAAGGCAGAGGAAACCUACCUACCGUCUCCUAACUACUUCAAGUGUGUUCAGAAAGAAAUAAUUCCUAAAAUGCGGAAAAUAGUUGCCACAUGGAUGUUAGAGGUCUGCGAAGAACAGAAAUGCGAGGAGGAGGUUUUCCCCCUAGCUAUGAACUAUUUGGACAGAUUUUUAUCAGUGGAGGCCACCAGGAAAACCCGACUACAGCUGCUGGGAGCCACAUGCAUGUUUCUAGCAUCUAAGAUGAAGGAGACAGUUCCCUUAACAGCAGAGAAACUCUGUAUCUACACAGACAACUCAAUUCAGCCUGGAGAACUACUGCAAAUGGAACUGCUGGUUCUCAACAAGCUGAAGUGGGAUCUGGCUUCAGUCACACCCCACGACUUCAUUGAACACUUCCUGUCCAAGCUGAAGAUCUACCCGUCCACCAAGCAGAUCCUGAGGAAGCAUGCCCAGACCUUUGUGGCACUCUGUGCUACAGAUGUUAACUUCAUUGCCAGUCCUCCAUCCAUGGUGGCAGCGGGCAGUGUGGUUGCAGCUGUUCAAGGUCUCUACCUGAAGAGUCAAGAUGCCUCCUUGUCCUCCCAAAACCUCACCAACUUCCUGUCGCAAGUCAUUCGCAGUGACCCGGACUGCCUGCGUUCAUGUCAGGAGCAGAUAGAGUCUUUGCUAGAGUCGAGCCUGCGGCAGGCUCAGCAACAUAGCAGUACAACAGAAACCAAACUAAUGGAUGACGACGUGGACCUGUCCUGCACCCCAACAGACGUCAGAGACAUAAACAUCUGAAACUACAAACAGCUGCGUUGCACGAUGACCUGAUGAUCGAAGAUCAGUUAUGGAUAGAGGUUGUUGAAGAGACUGCUGAGGAGAGGGGUGUGCCCCAGUUUAACUCAGCCUCCCCUGACCCUUCAACCUGUUGGUCUACUAUCCUAUCCAACAUGUCACUCACAUGCACGCCAUCUGCUAUGACUGCCAAGAAGGAACAGAGCGCCCUCUGCAGGCCCUGCAGUAAACCUCACGUUACAUUUCCUGCCAGUGUCCCCUCCCAUCCUGGGAAAUGAACUGAACACUAGACAAGUGCCAGGAGAAAGACUAUGAAUAUUGAUGACCUGUGUGGGCUGGAGGUGAAGCCACAAAAACACACUUUUACUAGCUGUUUUAUUCUUGUUCCCACAAAUAUUAAACUAGGAAUGUUACAAUUACAGCAGACUCAACUUGCCUACUAAAACAUCACAAAGUGUCAAGAAAGUAGGUCCUUGUAGUUUGCCUUCAGGUUUUCAUCUGAAAUCUGACAUGUACUAUAGAGAAGAGGCCUUCUUUUCAUAUCUUUGUUAUACCUAGAAUGUUUUAGACUUCCUGUUUAAGCUCAUUUUUUUUGUCUUGUUGCAGUGUAGACAGUCAUAUACCCCUGAUUGCUUAUGUUUAGUCACUUUAUUAUAUAUCAUUUUUGACACUUCUAUCAAUUAGUCUUAUACCUCUUUUCUUCCAAACCUUUUGUUUUUUUAAAACCAAGUCUAGUGUGAGAAGCUCUGUUUUAACACCCUGUGGACUGUGGACUGCUGAGGUUAAGGUGUGUACAAAUGGAAUUCUGUGUUCAUUUGUUGGUUGCAUACACUUAACCCAUUUCACCUCACUACAAUUUGAUAAGAUCAAGUAGAUGCAGACAAAAGCAGAGCAAUCCACAUCUAGUUAUAUUUUCUUUGUCUGAUUAGUUACACCUAAUACCAUUCCAGCUUUGGUUUAUCUUUUUUUUAAAGCACUUUUGGUCAGCACUGCUGGCUUGUCUAAAAAGAUCACAGUGAUAAAGUUUGUAAAACAGCAUGAAAAUGGAAUGGGGCUUUGACCAGGUGUUACCAGCGUACAAAUGAUUCAUCUGAUGAGACAAAAGUGACCAGCAUGGCAAACAUACUUUUUAAAACAAGACUGAAUGCUGCUGGACACUGACUUAAGUUUCGUAGAUUCAGUGGAUCACUUAACAUGCCUUUUAAAUCUCAGGUUGGAGUUUUAGUCCAACAAAUAUUUCACACAGGCAGAGCCUCUCCUGCAUUUUAAGAAAUAUCAUUGUUAGUUGAUCUUCAGUGCGCAGAGCCAAAGGCUCACAGAAGUUAAAGUAAGAAUUAAAAUAAUACUUUUUCAUAUAGUAUUUUUUUUUAAGCUUGGAUUUUCUAGUUUGCUAGCCGUGACCUCACCUACUGACAUUUAACUCAAGAGCAGCUGUGCCAUCAAUGCUUGUAAACCUAAAACUCCAGUCUGCCUCUAAAUUGCCAAGAGAGCAUCUCCUCCAUUGUUCCACCUCUGUUCAAAUACUGCUCAUGGAUCUUGGAUGCAGAUGAAGCUUAAAAGAAAGGGUGAGCGUUGAAACUAUUAAUGUGAUUUUGCACAAACCUAAAAGACAUGGGCUGCAUUUCUUGGGGACUUGCUUAAAAAGAUGAGAGCAAACUUGACAAGAGUACCAAGGGGUGAGACGACAAAGAGCAAAAAGGGUGAUGGCUCAACAGUGAGGUGUGUCCUAACGCUGUCAAGUCAGGGUUCCUACACAGGACAGGGAUGGUGUCAUGAGCAAGUAGGUGUGUCCUAUCAAAUGUGAAGAGUAAAAGAUUAUUGUGAGCAGGAUGACUUAAUUUUGAGAGUGUCAAACUGUGUAGGAACCCUGUGAAUUAGUUUUCUGAUUGUACAUUAAGGAUAGAGAAUAGGAGAGAAACACUCCCUGUAUUCUGCUGCUAUAGGAAAUAAAUUCCAGCUACAUGUAAAAAGAAAAAAUGUUAUGGAUUUAAAUCAAUGCUUUCUCAUGUUUGCUGCUACAUUUUUAUACAUAAAUGUCAAUAUUCUGCCAUUGUAGUUUGGUAUUUUCUAAUAGAAAAAUGUCUUAUUGAAAUCCUCAGCUUUUAUGUAGAAUCUAUGUGAUCAAUUUUUGUUUUUUGUAAUUAUGUAAUAUGAUUCUCCAUACUAUUCCAAAAAACAAGGAAAAACUAGACAAUGUACAGAAAUGCUUUGAUCCACAAUACCUCAAGUGACAGUCAAGAUAUAUCUCUAAUUUAGGUAUUUUUAUUUGUUUAGCUCUUAUUCUAUUUUACUUGUUGGUUCAGUACCUACUUGCUCUGUUAAAUCUGUUUGAGGUGAAACAUCCAUGAUGGAAACCCACAAUUCCAGGGCAUUCUUUGAUGCUGGUGCCAUAACAGAAAAUGGGAUAUGUAUAACUCUGUUGAGUGUGAAGCUGUCUCGGUGAAAGAGACUUUAUCCCCCUUUAGGCCCAUAGUGGCCUUCCUUCCUUCCCCUUUUUUAUAUUUAUGAAAGAAAAAAAGCUUUUUGUUUCAUGUUUCAAACUUUUGGUGAAUUGAUUUGAGUAUAUAAAUAGAUUCAGUGUCAUGCUCAGUAAGCCAUUUUUGUUUGGUUUUUACAAAUCAUUCCUCACAGUUGUCUACUUCAUGCCAGUUGUCUUCAGCCGGAACAGUGUAUUAUUUGUGUCGACUACACAAUAAAACAUGUUGUAGAUGGAG